UCCCUGGCAUGAUAUACCAUUACACUUGGGUGAUGGUGUUUUUAAUUUCAUUGUUGAAAUACCCAAAGAAACAAGUGCAAAGAUGGAGGUUGCUACUAACGAGUCAUACACUCCCAUAAAGCAAGAUACAAAGAAAGGAAAACUUCGAUAUUAUCCUUACAAUAUAAAUUGGAAUUAUGGAUUGUUUCCACAAAUGUGGGAAGACCCAUCAUUUGCAAACUCUGAAGUUGAGGGGGCACUUGGAGAUAACGAUCCAGUUGAUGUUGUUGAGAUUGGUCAAACUCGUGGAAAGAUAGGACAGAUUAUGAAGGUCAAGCCAUUAGCUGCCUUGGCAAUGCUUGAUGAAGGGGAACUUGAGUGGAAAAUAGUUGCAAUUUCAUUGGAUGAUCCAAGAGCUUCACUUGUUAAUGAUAUUGAUGACGUGGAAAAGCAUUUGCCUGGCACUCUCACUGCAGUCAGAGACUGGUUCAGAGACUACAAGAUCCCUGAUAGAAAACCUGCAAAAAAAUUUGGUCUUGGCAACAAGGCAGCAAACAAGGAUUAUGCUCUUAAGGUAAUCACCGAGACUAAUGAAUCUUGGGCUAAACUUGUGAAGAGAUCUGUUCCUCCUGGAGAGCUUUCGCUCGUGUAAAUUUGAACACUGUAAAGUUUGAGGUGCUGAUGCUUCUACUUGUAACUUUAUUGACA